AGGAUUUUGAAUUUUCCAACGAGCACCAACAACAGUUUGUGUGUCUGAUAGAGCCUCGCGCCCAAAUCAGGUUAUAAACCAUGAGCUGGGCGGUGGAGGAGUGGAAGGAUGGGCUUCCAGGGAAAGCCCUGCAGAAGAUCCAGGAGAUGGAAGUCCAGCUGGAUAAACUGAAGAAGGAAAGGACCCAAAAACAGUUUCAGCUGGACUCCCUGGAGGCUGCCCUGCAAAAGCAGAAACAGAAGGUGGACAGUGAACGUACAGAGACCUCUGCUUUGAAAAGAGAGAACCAGUGUUUACUGGAGUCAUGUGACUCUCUGGAGAAAGCCCGUCAGAAGGCUGUCCAUGACCUCGGAGUCAAAGAGCAGCAGGUGAGCUACCUGGAGGGUCAGCUUAACUCCUGCAGGAAGACCAUAGAACGACUGGAGCAGGAGCUCAAGAAGUACAAAAAUGAAUUGGACCGUUCUCAGCCUGCUGGGUCUUCCUCCUUGUCAUCCUCCUCCGCUGAGCUCCAGCCUUACACUACUCCACAGAAAUGUUUUUCUACCCCAGCUCCUGUCCCAGCCUACAGACAGCAGGAUAACAAACUAGAGGAGCUUCAGGAGAAAUACAGCCAGGAGGUAGAAGAAAGAAAAAGGCUGGAGACUGAACUCAAAGUCUUACAGGUCAAAAUGUUGAAUCAGUCAUCAGUCAGUAUAAGCCACAAGGACAUUGCUGCCCGCCAAGCUGGAUCUUCCAUAUUCCCAUGGCAACAGCAAGAUCAAGCUCACAGCCGUCAGUCUCUGGAUGCCAUGGAAACGCCUCUGAAGAGGCGGGGGACAUCCCUGUGGGACGCCCACGAGGAAACACCCAUCAAACCCAGCCAGAGAAUGAGCUGUUCCAGAGCAGUGCAGAGUCCCAGCGGCUCCUCCCAACAGAUGGAGCAGCUGAAGACGCUCAAUCAAGAGCUGCGUGGCCGUGUGUCAGAGCUGGAGAGGAAUCUGUCCAAUCAGGAGAAGGAAAUCCGUAACCAGGCCUCCAAGCUGCAGGAUCUACAAACCCAACUGAACCAGGCCCGCAAAGACCUGGCUGAACGGGACAGAGACCUAGCCAAGACAAGUCAUGAGCUGAGUCAGGCCACAGACAGACACCAGCAGGUGGAGGCCAAGUGUUCCGCAGUUGAGCAGAAGCUGAAGCAAGUCACAGAGGAGAUGAGCUGUCAGAGGCACAAUGCUGAAAGCUGCAAACGAGCAUUGGAACAGAAACUCAAGGACCAAGAGAGAGAUAAUCAGAAGGAGUUAGCCCAGCUGCAGAGUUCCCACAAGGCUCUAGAUCAACAGCUGAACCAGACCAGAACCAAACUAACACAAGAGGUGCAACAGUCCAAAAAAGACUACAACAUACUGCAGGCUGACAUGGAGAAGAUGUGCUUCCAGAAGAGUCAGAUGGAGAAGGAGGUGGAGGAGCAGAAACAGAAACUACUGAGGUCAGAGCAAAGCCUCCAGGCCAGCCAGACCAAAGAGCAAGAUCUCCGCAAGAAAAUGGAGGAGCUGCAGAAAGAGAAGAACACUCUGACUGUCCAGUUAGACCAAAGCAGCAGGCGUCUGUCCCAGCUGGAGGAGGAGAAGAAGAGUACAGACCAGAACCUAAAACGCACCCAGGGACAACUAGAUGACCUCAAAGCUAAGUCAGAGGGACAGGUUGAAGAGCUGAAGAGACUUCAGUCAAAACUAGAACAGCAGACUCAGGCUUCAGCCCGAGAGUUGGAAAACUUGAGGAAGACACUUUCUGAUGCAGAAACCAAAAAUGACAGAUCUCACAAUGACCUGCAGAAACAGAAACAGGAGACAGAGAGGCUGACCAACAGGCUGACAGUACAAGAGAAGGAAAGCCAAGAGCUGAAAGCCAAUCUCACUGUGAGUCAGAAUGAGUGUAAGGAACUGAAGCAAGAACAUCAAGCUCUACUGGAGUGGAAGAAAGAGAAGGAGACCCUGAUAAAUGAAACUGAAGCUGUGCAAAAGGAGCUCAAAGACAGAAUUAGCAACUUGGAGAACAGUCUCCGCUCACUGAAUGAGGCUAAUGAUGAACUUAAGAAGCAGCUCACAAGUGUAGAGGGAGAUAAGGCCAGUCUGUCGGCUCACAUCGAUUCCCUGAAGGGAGAACUCCUCAACAAGAGCACAGAGUUGGAGGAGAAGGAGCACCAGGUCAAGGAGCUCCAGUCUCAACUCUCUGAGGCUGGACAGAAGCACACCAAAGACCUUGAGAACGUUGUUGUGCAAGUAGCACAGCUCGAAGCUCAGGUCAAAGAUCUGGAGUUGAGGUUGCAAAAGGAAAUAAGUCGAGCAGAGCAAGCUGAGAGGACAAACACAGAGCUGCAGGACGAGCACCAGGCAGCCCGCGACCUGGUCCGCUCCAAAGACCAGCUGCUGGAGCUGGGCCAGGCUGAGAUCAGUCAGCUGAGAGAGAGCCUCACACAGUCCACUGCACAGCAGGAGGAGCAAAAUGCCAGGCUGGCAGAGGAGAAGGCAGCCCUGCUGAAGCAGUGUGAGGAGAGUAUUUCAGCAAAGGUUGAGGAGACAGAGCAGAUUAUGCUGCAGUUUGAGGAGGCUCAGCAAGAGCUGCUGCUCACCAAAAACCAGGUCACUUCCACUGAGCAGUUCCUGAAGGUUCAGGAGCAACUGGGAGCUGAGCAGCAGAAACAAAUUAAGAUACUGUCAGACAAUGAAGAGGAACACAAAAAGAUGUAUGAGAAAAAAUCAGAGGAGCUUAAACUGUUAGAAGAGGAGCUGAGGGCUCAGCAGGGCCAGACAGAAGAGAAGGAGAAGCAGCUCAGAGAGGCUGAAGCUCAGAUUUUCUCUGUGGAGAAACAAAAGGCUGAACUGGAAAAUGUUGUGCAAGAGACAAAGAAAGAAGCAGAGAUCCUUCAGCAUGUUCAGACUGAGAGGAUCAACAGUCUUCUGGAGCAGAUAUCUUCCUUAGAAGAAAUAGUAUCAGUGAACAAAGAUGCAGCAGAGAAGCUUCCAGUCUUGAAGAAUGAAUUGGAUGUGGUCAACCAAUCCCAUGCUGACCUGAAAAAGUCUCUAGAAGCUCUUGAGAAGAGUCAUUCGUCCACUAUUGAAACCAAGUCCAACCUGGAGAACACCCUGACUGAGAAAAUUAACCAGGUCUCAGCUUUGGAGAAAGAGGUGAAAGAGCUCACAGAGAAGAUGAAUAAAGAGUCAGAGAGUCACGCUUUAGAGGUUGAAAAUUUCCUCAACAAAGAGAACAACCUUAAAGAGCAGCUUGAAGCUGCUAAGCAGUCAGUAACUGCUGCCAAAGCAGAAUUGAGGUCUCGUCGAGAGGAGAUCAAGACCAUGAAGACGACUCUGUCUGCUGCUUCGCGCGGCCUCGAAGAGAGAGACAACACAAUAAAGUGCUUAAAGGAGAAGCUGAAUAAAGCAGAGGCAGAGCAGGCCAAAACCUCUGACCUCCUGAAGGAGAAGGUGGUCGCCAUGAAUAAAAUCAAGGUGCAGCUGGAGAUGCUGCAAAUGGACCUGGAGGACAAUGAAUCAGCCAUGAACUCUUUUGAUGGUCAGGUGGAGGAGCUGAGGGGAACUAUAGAGUUACUGGAGGCCCAGCUUGCUCAUAACCAGACCCAGAUGGCUGAGAUGGAGGCCAGGCUGGAGGACAGCAAAACCCAGGUCUCUGUCUUGGAGUCACGCUUGGAGGAGGUUCAAUCCCAGAACUCUGUGCUGGAGACGCAGUAUGUCACAGCUAAAGAGGAGUUAUUCGAGAGGAGCUGUGAAAUAACUCGUCUGGAAGAGGAUGCUGCCAAACGAAUCCAGCUGGAGGAGAGUGUUGUUGCAUUAGAGUCUAAACUUAGUCAGAUCAUAGAGGAAAGCAUGAAGUUAGAGGCAACUCUCAGGCAGGUCACUGAAGAGAAAGACCGUAAUCUCAACCAGUUUCUCCAGGAGAAAAACAGCCUUGAGACCACUUUGAAACAGUUAACGGACGACAAAGAGCAAGUAGAAAAUGAAAUAAUUCAAGUGAAUGCAGAGAGGAAACGGCUGGAAGCCAGUUUAGACAAGUUAACUGAGGAGAACAAACAGCUACAGAGCAACAUCAGGCAGGUAACUGAAGAAAAGCAGCAAACAGAAGCAAAGAUUGAACAAAUGACUGCUGAGAAACUUGAAGCUGAAUCAGUCGUUAGCCAAACCGCUGAGCAGAGAGUGCAGCUAGAUGUUACCCUCAACCUGAUAAAUGAGGAGAAAAUCCAACUUGAGGCCAAACUUAGUGAACUAACAUCUGAGAAAAAUGAUUUUGUCACUAAGUUGAAUCAAGCAGUUGAGGAAAAGCUUCAGCUGGAAAUGAACUACAAUCAGCUGACUGAGGAGAACACCCAACUACAGUCUAGUGUGAAUCUAGUAACUGAAGAGAAGCUGCAGUUACAAGAAAACAUCGACAGGCAUGAAUAUGAGGUGACUUCACUUAAAGAGGAGAACGAGUGCAUUCAGUGCUUGCUCCAAGCCUCAGAGCAGGAGCAACAGAGGCUGAAGGAGCAGCUGGAGAUGAUGGACAAGAGGACUGAGGAGGAGAACACAGAGAGGGGCCACCAGUUUGAGGCAGAGCAAGCCCAACUGCAUCAGAACCUGGCAAGCUUACAGAAGGAGCUGACUGUGUUCAAGCAGCAAUACGAGUCACUGCUGGAGCAGGUGGGCCAGCAGCACAGCCUCAUACAGCAGCUCUCUGGGUCGCAGAGCCACAUGGAGACAGAAACUGGCAUUUCCCCAGCAGAAGGAGCUGAACAGAUUGAUGUGGAGCCAACAAUUGAUUCAAGUGCAAAUACUGAGUCCUUUGCAGAAAAGGGACAGCUGAGCCCUAUGUUGUCUGAACUGGGUACACCUUCCUACCAGUCUGAUGAGGCUUUCUGUGAGACAGAGCUGGUCUUCAAGGAGGACAUCAUUGAGCAAGAGAUGAUCCAGGAACAGAUGGAGGAGGAGAGGCAGGCACGCAUGGCUGAUGUAGAGGAAAUGAGGAGUAAAGAUGAGGAGAAACUACACCACACAGAACCCUUAGAUCAGGUUCCUGGAGACAGCAGUAGUACCAGAGAUGUUCUUGAAAAUGAACCUGAAGUCUAUGAAAUAUCUCAACCCCUGUCCUCGUCGAGUGAGACCAUAGAGUUAAAAUCCUGUGUUGAGGAAUUAAAUGCAACAGACUCAUCUCAGGGACAAGACGACCUCACCCAUUCCAAUGAAAUGAUCACAAAACAAGAAAAUGAACUCCAGACACUGCGCUCAGAGUUUGACCUACUGAGCUCCGAACUGGCUCUGAGAAAGGAGCUGACCUCUGAACUGGAAGUCCAGGUUCAAAACUUGGAAAAGAAAGUUCAUACAGCAGAGGAGGCGGCGCAUGGUGCAGCACAGAAAAUGAACGUUGCUCUGCAGGAGAGGAAAGACCUUGCUGACCAGUUGGUGCAGCUGUCAGAGGAGAGGGAGACAUUAACUCUACAGCUACAAACAGCUAAAUGCCAGUUGGCUGAUGUUAUAGAGAUGCUGGAAGGACUGGAGAUGGCCAAAGGUGGAUGGGAUGAGAAGUUCCUUCAGCAGGAGAGUGAGUUGAAGAGGGUUCGAUCUGAGAAGGCUAACCUGGAGCAGCACAUCCUGGGCAUGGAGUCUGAGCUGGAGACCCUGCAGGAGGAGAGGACCAGAUUGAAAGAUGAGACGGAGACACAGAAGAGGACUUGUUCAGGCAUGGAGCAGCAAAUAGAAACUCUCAGGACAGAGACAAGCCAGCUGAGAUCUGAGCUUGUGUCCUGCUCUGAAGAGCGAGAUGAGCUGAGCCAGUCUUUGGGGCAAUGGAGAGAGAAAGUUCACAGUCUGGAGAAGACGAACUGUGACACCAGAAACCUCAUUUCCAUCCUGGAGGACGACAUCAGGGCAGGGAGGAAGGAGUAUGAAGCCCUGCAAGGCAACAUGGAGAAACUGCAGACAGAGAGGCAACAGCUGGUGGAGCAGAUUAAGGCACAGGAGCAGGCAAUCUCUCAGCAGAGUGGGGAAAGAGAGGAGCUUAUUGGUCAUCUUAACCAGAUCAAAGAAGACCACACUUCUGCCAAUCAAAACACUGAGUCCAUGGUCAGCAAGAUACAGGCUUUAGAGGGAGAAGUGUGUCGCUUAUCACAGUCUCUCGAGUCCUCUCUGUUGGAGAAAGGAGAGAUUGCAUCUCGUCUGAACUCCACACAGGAUGAGGUCCAAGAGAUGAGGACCGGUAUUGAAAAGCUUCAGGUCCGCAUUGAGUCAGAUGAGAGAAAGAAAAGGAAGAUGGGAGAGCUGCUCAAAGCUGCCCAGAGAAAGUCAGACUCACUGCAAGAUCGCAUUGAUGCUCUGGAGCGAGAGAAGGAAGAUGUAGAGCAAAGUCUAGAGGAGGCUGUUCUGGAGGCUGAGACAGCCAAAGCUGAGCUGGAGGAGGAAAGGAGAAAGGUGGAAGACGAGAAGCAGAGGCUCAGCGAGAAACUAUCAGAGCUCUCUGCCACGCUGGAAAACCUGAGAUCUGAGAAAGAGCGCAUGGAGAGAGAGUUGGAAGCAAAAAACAGAGAGAUAGAAGAGCUGAAGGCCGCUAAGGAGCAACUGGAGAGAGGACUGGAGAAGGCAGAGGUAGAUAGAAGACAGGAAGAGGAGAGGCAGAAAUACAGGGUGGAAGAGCUUGAGAAAGGGAUGAGAGAGGAAGCGCAGAGACAAAUUAGACAAGUAGAGGAACUCCAUGCGCAGCUGGAAGCCUCUCGGCAGAGGGAGAUCUCACUUGAACGAAAGGGUGCAGAAACAGAAGGGGAGAAAGACAGGGUGCAGUCUCUGUUGGUAAAGAUGGAGAAAGAGAAACAGCAUCUGCAAACUUCUCUGGAGGAGUGGCAGACAGAGGGAGAGAGGCUCCGCUCUAAGGGAGAUGAGUUGGAGAAGGAGAGAAACAACCUGAAGACCCAUAUUGAAGGUUUGGAAGAGGAAAUUAAGGAGCUUAAAAUGCUCAUAAAAGCCAAAGAGGAAGAGAGAGAGGUUUUGGAAAAGGAUAGGGAGGAGGAAGCAGUACAGAGACAAGCCUCGGUAAAAUCCAUCUCCUCUCUUAUGGCAGAGAAAGAACAGAUAGAAAGAGAAAAUGGACGGCUGGUAGAGGAAAAAGAGAAACUGCAAUCUACCUUAAUGUCAGUGGAAGAAGAAAGAGAUGACCUGCGCCUUACUCUUGCAUCUGUAGAAGAAGAGAAAGAAAGACUAGGGCGAGAGAGGGAGGUGUUCGCUGAUGAGAAAGAGAAGCUUUCUAUGAUAGAAACAGAGAAACAUGACCUGGAACAAACUCUUUCUUCACUCAAGCAAGAGAAGGAGAGAAUAGAAGAGGAGAAACACAGGUUAGAGGCUGAAAAAGAGGAAUUGCAGUCUUCCCUUUCUUUGAUCAAAGUAGAGAAAGAGAAGAUGUGCUCAGCUCUGUCUGCGCUGGAGAAAGAGAAGCAAAGAGCAGAAGAAGAGAAAGAGAAACUCACAGAAGAACGAGAGAGCCUUCAGUCUACAGUUGCCUCUAUGGAGAAAGAACUGGAAGCACAAAAAUCGUCUGUUGCACAGUUCAACGAGCAGGUGUCAGAGCUAGCAUCUCGUGCCACUCGUUUGUCCAAAGAGAGAGACUCUGCUCUGAGCAAGAUGAAUCUUUGGAUGAAAACCUGCAAACAGCUGGAGCAGGAGAAAGAAAAGAUGUUAAACAGCUCAGGAGAUGGAAAGAGCAGUGGGGAGGAGCAGACAGAAGUAAACCAGCUGAGGAUGGAGGAGAAAACCAAGGAGGUGGAAGAAAUUAAGGCUGCCCUUGAUGCAAAGAGGAAAGAGUUAGAAGAGAGGAAUAAAGAGCUGGAGGAGAUGAAGAGUGAGCUGAAUGAAGUGAACAAACUUCUGGAAGAGAAGAGCACAGAGGCUGAUGAGAGCAUGGAUAAAUACUGCAGCCUGAUGGUUCAAGUCCACAAACUGGAAGAGACCAACAAUGCCCUGACAGCACGGCUGGAGCAGAUUACCGCUAGCCAACGUGUUAAUGAGGCUAACUCCAGCAGCGCUGUAGGUGCUCUUUGCCGCCGCUCAGGAAGGAAGUCUUCCUCCAAACAGCAGGAAGAGAAGACAGUCGACAACACCGAGAAUGUGGCGCCUUCAACGCCUCAGAGGUCACCUCAGGGGUCAUCUUCAGGGAAACGGGGUCACCGUGACAUCAGUGAUAAAGACAGCGCCCAGGAGGCCCUGCACAACCUGACAAAGAAGAUCAAAGCCAAUGCAGCGACACCCAAACCAACAACUGAACAGGAAGAUGAGGAGUUCAGGCCAGAGGGCCUUCCUGAGCUGGUGCAGAGAGGCUUUGCUGAUAUUCCUCUGGGGGAGGCGAGUCCAUUCAUCAUGAGGAGAACCACAGUGAGGCGCUGCAGUCCUCGGCUGGCUGCCAGGCAGACUGAUCCCACAUCUGCACCUGACAGCAAGUUUUUGGCGCCCAUAGCCUUCCAGAGUCCCUCUGCAGAAGGCUCCAACAGGAAGUGUCUUUCUCCGAGCGGCGAGGAGAAAUCUGUGGGUCGUUCACGGAGCGUAGGGAAAACACCAGAGCAGAAAGAGAAACAACUUUUAAGAGAACAGACUCAACAAGCAGACAACUGUCACGUGCAGUAGAUUGAUACACAAACACACACACACAGUUUGGCACUUGUAAUUCACGUGUAGAAAUACUUACAUACACAUCUCUAGAUACACAAAAGAUUAACACUCCACUUUUUUAAAAGCCACAUUGAACUUUAAAGUAAAGACGUAUUUUAAAAAUGAUAUGACCUCAAAGUGUUUAACACUCACGAUGCACCUUUUUUUUUCUUUGUUUUUUGGAAGUGGGGUGUGUGUGUGUGUGUUUUCCACUUUCUCACAGGACUCCAAAAGCUACAAAUACACCUCUGUGAUGGUUUUCCUCAUAGCAUUAUUUUUUCAUUAUGCUCUGCUUUAAGCUGUUUUGAAUGGAAUCAUCUGUAUCUUUGAAAUGCUAGAUUUCUCUAAGUGUUUGAGAAUGAAUGAGACCACCACUGUUGUCUAACGUCUCUGAAUGUAUCUUCAUGUUUUCACUUUGUUUAUCUCUACCACUCACCCACUUGAUUUUUUCUUUUGUAUUGUUCUUGUCUUUCUGAUGUGUUUGAAAAAUGAACUCUGUACAUAGUAGAUGAUAUAUCCAGUAAUAACAGCUAUGCUUCGUCCAUCCUGUAACAUAUCAGCUAAUGGCAGCUAAGUUUUUGUAGAUUUUCUGCUCUGUUUCAUAUUUUCUAUUUAGUUUAAUUGUUGAAGUCAAGGCAACGUAUCUUCUAAAAUGUAAUUCUUUUCAUUUUUUUCAUGUUAUAUUUUCAGUAAAUGCUGAAAGCAUCUCUGCAUUUCAUCAGUUAUUUAGAUGUAGAUGAAUGUUACUGAUAAUUGUAAAUAGUUAAUGAAGCCAAAUAGUGGACUUUUUUUUUUUUUUUUACUAAAACCUUUUUAACUGCUUCAUAA